CCUUUUCCGUUGUCAAACUCCGGGAGGAAAUCUCAUUUUCCUUCCAGCCAUAUCUUUAUUGCUUCUUCUUCUCCUUCGACGGACAGUGUUUUCCUUCUCUGGAACACACCGCGUUUCAUUUCCUCAUAUCAGAAUAGCUCCGAUUUCAGCUCGUGGUCGUGGGGGUUCUGAUUCACAGAGUGCUAAAAUAGCUGGAGACGAUGGCCGAGGCUAGGCGCUAUGUUCUUGGUAAUCAAUUAGAUAUUCACCAGAUACUCUUAGAAGCACAACAACGGUGGCUGCGCCCUUCUGAAGUCUCUGAAAUUCUUCGAAAUUAUCAGCAAUUUCAUAUUUCUGCAGAACCUCCAAAUGCACCACGAAGUAUGAUUUGGCUAGGCUUAUCCUUCCACCAACGAUAUGUCUUAUGAAUAACAAAACGUUAAUGGUGGCUCUCUGUUCCUUUUUGAUCGGAAAGUGCUGAGAUACUUUAGGAAGGAUGGACAUAAUUGGAGAAAGAAAAAAGAUGGAAAGAC